AAAUGCUCCUCGACGACAUAAUCAACACCGCAGCAGAGGCGAUCCUCCAAUGCAUCCAAGCCAUGGAACCAUUCAUGCAACGUUGGGCAGACGCACGUACCGCCAACCCUUCGGCUCCCCCCUCCGACAAUGACAAGAAAAAGAAUAAAGGAAGAGGUGGGAAAGACAAGGAGAAAGAAAAAGAAGACGCAGAGUGGGAUGGGUUGGAAGCUGUUGAACAAGGUCUCGUCGCGUUUAGUACGUUGUUGGAGUCGCAUACGGAUAUCGCGUUCGAUUUCUUCGAGGCUUGGUCUUUGCGGAACAUAUUCGCCAUCCCGCCCGACUUACCCGUUGUCGCCCCUCAUCAACAAGGACUUGACUUAAACCCUCGUCCAGAGGAAGAAGCUGAGCUCAUGGCAGACAUCGAGGAGCUUCGUCGCAAGAUUGAGAACCAACGCCGCCUCAAACGCACAUACCAAAAAGCCCUUCGCAUCUCCCGCCUCGGUCGUCUCCGCUCCGAACGUAACCUCUCACGCGUCUCCUACCUCUCCCCCUCCUCUUUCACCUCUUCCACCUCUCCUCCACAAACAGACAACCCACAAACAAACCCUCUCGCAGCACUCGCAACCCUCCCCCCCUCCCUCACCCUCCUCUUCGAAUCCAUCGCCUCCCUCCCCCACAUCGACGGAACCCUCACCUCCCCAAUCCCCCCUCCCGACCCAAGCAAACGUCUCUGGGAAACAGGUCACACAGGGUACGUCACCUGGGCCGUCCAACAGCUCAUCGCAAAAGCCAAAGAAAACGCACCUGCCCCUACCCCCGGUGGAAGCAACGCCGUCUCGAACGUCGUUGACCAAACCGAGCGCGUUGGAGAGGUACAGGACGUUAAAGCGCUUUUGGAUAAUGUGGAUGCUGAAGGUGAGGAGGUGGCAGAAGGUGAUGAGGGGAAUGACAUGGACACUACGUGA